AUGCUUGGACCGCCGUUGCGCAGCGCGGGGUUUUGGAGGGGAUCUUCUGUGCCCUCUGCAGCAGCAGGAGCAACAGCAGGACCAGCAGCAGGUCGAGGCUCUUCUGCUGUUGCUGCUGCUGCAGUCCGGCCCCGCGUGCAGCAGCUGAAGCACGAGGUGGUUUCGGUUGCUGACCCGAAGACUAUCUUCUGCGGUGUAUGCACACUGCCCAUGGCUCAGACAUACAGAACGCUUCCUUGUUUCCAUCUGGCCUGCAGCUCCUGCACUGAACAGAUGCUCUCCGCAGGGCAGUGCCGAGUGUGCAGCAGGCCGCUGCAGGGGGCUGAAGAGAUCGGCGCAUCGAUGGGUCUUUACUGCUGCAGCUUCAGCGGUUGCUGCUGCUGCUUCCUCUCGGAAGCUGCGCUGCAGUACCACCAGCAGCAGCACGGCUUAGAGAAGCAGCUGGAGUUCGUUGAUGCUGCUGCUGCUGCAGCAGCAGGGGAAGCACCAGCAGCAGACGCUGAAGCCUUUAUUGCUGCCCUGGAAGCCAAGGGAGAUAUAAAACAGUUACAGCAGCAGCAGCCAUCCUUACCUGCUGGCUUUGCUGCAGCGGAAGAGCAGCAGAUGCAGCACCAGCAGCACCAACAGCAGCAGCAGCAGCAGCACGAGCCAUCGCUGCCGGCGGCGCUACCGCAGCAGCAAUCACUUUCUUGGCAGCAGCAGCAGCUGCAACAGCAGACAGUGCAGCAGCUGCAGCAGCAGCAGCAGGCGCAGAUGCCUCCACAGCACGCGCACACCCAAACGGCGCACCAGCAGCAGCUCCUGCCUCAGCAGCAACAGCAGCAUGAACCGACACAUCAGCUUAGGGCGCAGCAACAGCAAUAUCAGCAGCCAAUGCAGCAGCAGCAGCAAAUGCAGCACCAACAGAUGCUGCCGACGCUUCAGCAGCAACCAAUGCAGCACGUAGUGCAGCAGCAGCAGCCUGCAGCAGCACCAGCUUGGCCUGCAGGUGCGCCAACAGAUGGAGCUGCUUUUGCAGCUGGAGCUGCUGCUGCCAGCGGUGCUGCUGCUGGUGCUGCUGCCGCUCAUUUGCCGCCUGCUGUUGCAGCAGCACCGACACCACUGCAGCAUCAGCUGCCUGUGAGUGAGCAGAAGCAGCUGCAGCAGCAGCAGUUGCAGCAGCAGCAGCAAAUUCAACAGCAGCAGUUGCAGCAGCAGCAGUUGCAGCAGCAGCAGCAGUUGCAGCAGCAGCAGCAACUGCAGCAGCAGCAGCAGCAACUGCAGCAGCAGCUGCAGCAGCAGCCUCAGGAGGAGGAAGAAGACAACUUAGAUGACUUUCUGUAG